AAAUAAUCUUCAUAUUUUCUCCUCGCCCCCUUUUACCGUAUCUUUAUUAGACCGUUGGAAACUGAAACUUUUAAGAACACAACUACUUUCAAGAAUCUUGGAUUUAUUUUUAUUUUUUUCAGAAAUUCAGACUGCAAAGCUUCAAAAAUUCUUCAUCGAUGGCAGAGAUCAAUGGAUUUCUGCUUCAACAAAACCAUAUUUUACAAUACACCGUUCUUGAUUCUAAAUCACUGCUCCUUUCCCAGUUUUCUGAUUCUAACCAACCGCAGUUCCUGAAACUCACAACGGAAAGCCCCGUCAUGGAGAGAGGCCCAAGAUAUAAGGAAUACUCGGAUCUCAGAGAAAAAUGGCUAAGAAUGAGGGGCGUGAUAGAGCCGAAUAUUCCUAGAAAAGAAGAACCAGUUUUGACCCCGCCAAAGAAGCAGGUGAAAUUCCAGGGAAAGUCGAAUUUCACUACACCACCAAAAAGGCCAAAAGGGUCUUCUAUUUUGACUCAAUCUGUGCCGGAUUUUUCAUCUGCUUUGCGGAAGGAGAACCGGAAACCGACAUCGAUGCUUCCUCCGGUGGCGGAGAAGUUCUUGACACCGCCAACGGGGCCAAGGAGUAGGAGGCUUCAUGGAAAAUUGGGAGGAGGGAGUAAGUCGGUGAAUUCCGGUGAGAAGAGGAGUAGUGGAAUUAUGACUAGGAAGAGCUAUGCGAGUAUGGAGGAAUUGAAGGGAUUGGGUACUGCUGCUAAUAAUAUUAUCGAUGAAGGAAACAGAAGAGGGAGAAUUGGCAGGACCCUUUUCGGGCACAGGCAGUUUUGAAUUUGGAAAUUAGGAUUUUCUCACUGAUAUUUCUGUCAAUUGAUUGAUCGACUUUCUUUGGUUCAAUCUUUAGUACUUGAUUCUUUAUUUUUUAAUUCCUUUGCUCUUGAGCUUUGGCUUGAGAAUUUCUGUUUUAGGUGUUAGUUUGUACAGAGAGUGCAAUGUUGGUGAAUUUUGAUAAAGAAUUGAACCGCUGAAUCUUUUUUCUUC